GAGAGGAAAAAAUAAAACACAAAAUUAUGGGUCGUUCUAGUUCGAAAUUUUUGACAAAACCAAAUAAUCCCCUGCAGGAGUUACAAUACAAAGAAACGCAAAGAGAACGCUCCCGCAAGCAACAAGAAAAACAACGCAAACAAAUCGCUCGCCUGCAAAAGAAACAGGCCAAACGUCAGCGAAAACUUUUGAAAAAGAAAAAACGCAACAGCAGCGGUUCGGCUUCGACGGGACGUGGUCGCCUCUCGAAAGAGGAAUCGUUUAGACAACCAAAAAUUCGACUUCGGGGAAGUGAUGAAUCAGCAUCGGGUGCGGGUGCGAUUGCCGAGGUACGAGUGCGUUACGAUUUUCGUCGCGAAGAAUUCAAUCGUCAACUGGAGACGAAAAUACAAAAGGAAUUGAAUGAAAAUCUCUGUGGAUUUAUUUUGAAUCAAUGUGUUCUGACGAUGCAGUUUUUCAAAAAUUAUGAGAGCGAACUUUCCAACAUCACCGAAGAUUUGUUGUCCAAAGAAAAGGAGUUGAAUCAAAAUUUGGAAGAGCAUUCAAUACUGCUGACAAAUCCCCUGGAUGUUGCCGUUGCAAAGUGGAUCAAAUAUAAACCAGUUCACGGCCCAGAUAAACACAAUUCCCAGCUGCUACAAACCCAAACCAUUUACACGGUCUUUGAAAACAUCGACAUAGCUCGUCCAAAUGAUGCGAAUUACGAUUCCAUCUCCCCUCUUUGCAAGGUUGAUAUGGAAAUGGAUUUUCGGGAGACCACCCCGUGCAAGGAAGAUUAUGCCAAGAUGUUAAGCGAUAUCAAGUGGAAAGGUUAUGUGCGUCUUCGGUUGAGAGAGGAUCCAAAAAAUUCUGGGAAAUCUUUGAGUCAUCAUGAUGACGAUAUUUACAGUGAAGGUAGUUCGGGUUAUGGUACAACCAGUCCCUAUGGCAGUAAGACGGUGUUAAAUGUCCUGGGUUCCCAGCGAGAUCCGGAAAAUGAUUAUGAUUAUGCUUUCAUAACCCACCUCAAUACUCAACAUCCUUUGAAGGAACUGAAAAUGCCCAAGGAUCGGGAUCGCCUGAAAGUGGAUUCAAAGGUUUUACCCGACUCUUGUAUUUCGUCGUUGGGUAACUUUGUCCAGCCCCUGCAGGAGGAUGAGUUUACCGAUGAUGAGGAGGAAAGUGAAACGGAGGGGAGUGAUGAUGAGGAGGAGGAUGAAAGACAGGAUUACCGGGACUAUGAUACUCUGCAGGCCAUAAAACAGUAUCGCCUGGAACUGGAAAAGCGGAGGAAGUUAUUGGCCCAAAACUAUUUAAAUUCCCGAGAGUUCAUGAGAUAUUUCGGAGAACUGAUGCGCAAAAAAUUGGCACAACAAUUGCAAAUAGAUGACAAUGAGCUGGACAUGGCCACAUUUAGGGGCAGCUCCAUUUACACCAAUCGCUAUGAGGUGAUACCCGCCAUUUAUGUGGCCCAAAAUGUCAACGAGUGGCCCAAAUGUGCCUUUGAGUUUCGUUUGAGAGAUCGUCCUCUCUCCACCAAUCCCCAGACGGGCCAACAAAUCCAGUGGCCCACACGAGCCAUGAUCAAACGUAUCGAAACUUUUGGUUUCCAUGUCAUCCCCCUCGGCUAUGCACCGAAAAAGAAACGUAAUCCCUUUCGUGAUAUUGAAUGGCGUAUCGUAUUUCCCAAAGCCGAACGUUAUUUGGAACAACAUUUGACCAAUACUCAAAUCAAGGUCUACAUGAUUACCAAGGCUCUGCUGAAGAGUUUCGUUGAGCCAAUGGAGAAAAAUAAAUCUCUAAUGUUUGCCCUAGACCACCUGAGAUCCCAUCUCUUUUGGGAAUGUGAAAAGGACUACAAUGCCUGGCCGGAGGAGUUUUUGGGUGAGGUUCUGCUGCGUUUUAUUGACUCAUUUAAGCAACGGGUGCGGGCCAAGCAUUUGAGUGACUAUUUUAUAAGAGAACGUAAUCUCUUUGAAAGUAUCCCGGAAUACUCUCUCAACACCCUGUAUACCAUAUUGGCCGAUAUCACGGCAAAUCCUUUGAUGCACCUGAUGAUCUCUUUUCGGAAUUUGGAAUUUUCCGAAAACUAUUUUCCAAAAUUAAAUUUUAAGAAACUUUUUGAAAAUCUCGUCGAGAAUGAUAUGUUAAAAUUGAAAUUGUUGGCCAAGAAUGCCCGUUCGUUGAUGGAUUUGUCACAGGCCGAUGAGGAGGAUGCCUGUUUGAUGCCCGACGAGGGGGCCAAAGGUCUGCUGGGCAUGAAACAGCAUCAUGUCCGCACCAAUGGCAAACUGAGACGGAAGACCCAACUGCUGAGGCAUAAUAUGGAGCUGAAGAAACAGGAAAUGGUGGCCAGACGGAGAUCGGUGGAAUCCAUUGAUGUUGAGUUCUUCUUCAAAAAGGACCUGAACAAUGCCAAUGCGAGACAGCUCAACCAGGGUGUUGAAAAUUUGAGACGAACAAAUAUAUUGGAAAUUGUCCUAGAUCAUUUGAUAGCCAUGUCCACCAAGGCAUUGGAAUUUCAAUCGGUGUCAAUAACCAGAACCUACCUCUCACAGGCACGACGCCUUUGUAAAUUCUAUCACAACUAUGGCUGUGAUAUUGGAGCCAAGGAAUAUCUUCAUAAAAUACAAAGUCUCGAUGAGGAGCUACAAAUCUUGGCGGAUAAGGAAGAUUUUCCGGGGAUAACACCGCCCAUACUGCCGGUACGCAUUAGUAUAGAGGCAACUUCCAUACCCCCAAUAUUAUCAGGCAAUAACGACUUCAAGGAAAAAAUCGACACAGCCAUUCGCAAUGAAAAGGAAAUACAACCCUAUAAUUUAUACGAAGAAAUGGUGGAGCGGGAGCAACCACAAGAAAAUGAAGUAGGUCCACCUUGCAUACAACUCCAGCUGGACAAUGAAAGUUUUACGGAUGAACCCAUCAUACCCGCCACGAGACCCCCUGAAACUCCACGAAAAUCCAUAAAAUUCCACAAUGUUGUCAUCAAAGUCCAGGAGGGUGAUAUGAAUCCAAUACAAAAACCUGAAUGCUAUAGCCCGGUUAGUAUUUUAAGAUCCAAAGCGGAACGAAGAGAAAGUCAAGAGGAUGAAGAAGACUACAAUGAAGAUAAAGAUAACGAAAGCAUGGACGCAUUAGAUACACCAACUGUAAACGAUUUACCUGGUGAAUCGGCUAAGGAAUCGUCAUCGACAAAAUUCUUUCCCUCACUCAUGAAAAGUUCCUCGAAUUUCAUUAAAUCUUCACCGCUGGGAAAUACUGAACUCUAUCAAAACCUAUCGCAGAAUACCGAUAAACUCAUACAACACUUAUCCAAUGAAGAGAAGAAAGCUCAAAUACGUGAUAUGCUGAAACGCAAAACACUGCAACUUAAAGGUGUUUUCAAUCAGUCCUCAGAAAGUUAGUAGUAGCAAAAGAAUAAAAUGUGAUUUAA